AUGUUGGGUCCUGUGGACCGGUUGGACCAUAGCCCGGCCAUGUUGGUCCUGUGGACCGGUGGACCAACCGGCCAUGUUGGGCCGUGUGGAACCGGUUGGAACCAAUCCGGCCAGUUGGUCCUGUGGACCGGUUGGACCAACCGGCCUGUUGGUCCUGUGGACCGGUUGGACCAACCGGCCAGUUGGUCCUGUGGACCGGUUGGACCAACCGGCCAGUUGGUCCUGUGGACCGGUUGGACCAACCGGCCUGUUGGUCCUGUGGACCGGUUGGACCAACCGGCCAGUUGGUCCUGUGGACCGGUUGGACCAACCGGCCUGUUGGUCCUGUGGACCGGUUGGACCAACCGGCCAGUUGGUCCUGUGGACCGGUUGGACCAACCGGCCAGUUGGUCCUGUGGACCGGUUGGACCAACCGGCCAGUUGGUCCUGUGGACCGGUUGGACCAACCGGCCUGUUGGUCCUGUGGACCGGUUGGACCAACCGGCCAGUUGGUCCUGUGGACCGGUUGGACCAACCGGCCAGUUGGUCCUGUGGACCGGUUGGACCAACCGGCCAGUUGGUCCUGUGGACCGGUUGGACCAACCGGCCAGUUGGUCCUGUGGACCGGUUGGACCAACCGGCCAGUUGGUCCUGUGGACCGGUUGGACCAACCGGCCAGUUGGUCCUGUGGACCGGUUGGACCAACCGGCCUGUUGGUCCUGUGGACCGGUUGGACCAACCGGCCUGUUGGUCCUGUGGACCGGUUGGACCAACCGGCCAGUUGGUCCUGUGGACCGGUUGGACCAACCGGCCUGUUGGUCCUGUGGACCGGUUGGACCAACCGGCCAGUUGGUCCUGUGGACCGGUUGGACCAACCGGCCAGUUGGUCCUGUGGACCGGUUGGACCAACCGGCCAGUUGGUCCUGUGGACCGGUUGGACCAACCGGCCUGUUGGUCCUGUGGACCGGUUGGACCAACCGGCCAGUUGGUCCUGUGGACCGGUUGGACCAACCGGCCAGUUGGUCCUGUGGACCGGUUGGACCAACCGGCCUGUUGGUCCUGUGGACCGGUUGGACCAACCGGCCAGUUGGUCCUGUGGACCGGUUGGACCAACCGGCCAGUUGGUCCUGUGGACCGGUUGGACCAACCGGCCAGUUGGUCCUGUGGACCGGUUGGACCAACCGGCCUGUUGGUCCUGUGGACCGGUUGGACCAACCGGCCAGUUGGUCCUGUGGACCGGUUGGACCAACCGGCCAGUUGGUCCUGUGGACCGGUUGGACCAACCGGCCUGUUGGUCCUGUGGACCGGUUGGACCAACCGGCCUGUUGGUCCUGUGGACCGGUUGGACCAACCGGCCUGUUGGUCCUGUGGACCGGUUGGACCAACCGGCCAGUUGGUCCUGUGGACCGGUUGGACCAACCGGCCUGUUGGUCCUGUGGACCGGUUGGACCAACCGGCCAGUUGGUCCUGUGGACCGGUUGGACCAACCGGCCUGUUGGUCCUGUGGACCGGUUGGACCAACCGGCCUGUUGGUCCUGUGGACCGGUUGGACCAACCGGCCAGUUGGUCCUGUGGACCGGUUGGACCAACCGGCCAGUUGGUCCUGUGGACCGGUUGGACCAACCGGCCAGUUGGUCCUGUGGACCGGUUGGACCAACCGGCCUGUUGGUCCUGUGGACCGGUUGGACCAACCGGCCAGUUGGUCCUGUGGACCGGUUGGACCAACCGGCCAGUUGGUCCUGUGGACCGGUUGGACCAACCGGCCAGUUGGUCCUGUGGACCGGUUGGACCAACCGGCCUGUUGGUCCUGUGGACCGGUUGGACCAACCGGCCAGUUGGUCCUGUGGACCGGUUGGACCAACCGGCCUGUUGGUCCUGUGGACCGGUUGGACCAACCGGCCUGUUGGUCCUGUGGACCGGUUGGACCAACCGGCCAGUUGGUCCUGUGGACCGGUUGGACCAACCGGCCAGUUGGUCCUGUGGACCGGUUGGACCAACCGGCCAGUUGGUCCUGUGGACCGGUUGGACCAACCGGCCUGUUGGUCCUGUGGACCGGUUGGACCAACCGGCCAGUUGGUCCUGUGGACCGGUUGGACCAACCGGCCAGUUGGUCCUGUGGACCGGUUGGACCAACCGGCCAGUUGGUCCUGUGGACCGGUUGGACCAACCGGCCAGUUGGUCCUGUGGACCGGUUGGACCAACCGGCCAGUUGGUCCUGUGGACCGGUUGGACCAACCGGCCAGUUGGUCCUGUGGACCGGUUGGACCAACCGGCCAGUUGGUCCUGUGGACCGGUUGGACCAACCGGCCAGUUGGUCCUGUGGACCGGUUGGACCAACCGGCCAGUUGGUCCUGUGGACCGGUUGGACCAACCGGCCAGUUGGUCCUGUGGACCGGUUGGACCAACCGGCCAGUUGGUCCUGUGGACCGGUUGGACCAACCGGCCAGUUGGUCCUGUGGACCGGUUGGACCAACCGGCCAGUUGGUCCUGUGGACCGGUUGGACCAACCGGCCUGUUGGUCCUGUGGACCGGUUGGACCAACCGGCCAGUUGGUCCUGUGGACCGGUUGGACCAACCGGCCAGUUGGUCCUGUGGACCGGUUGGACCAACCGGCCUGUUGGUCCUGUGGACCGGUUGGACCAACCGGCCAUGUUGGUCCUGUGGACCGGUUGGACCAACCGGCCAGUUGGUCCUGUGGACCGGUUGGACCAACCGGCCAGUUGGUCCUGUGGACCGGUUGGACCAACCGGCCAGUUGGUCCUGUGGACCGGUUGGACCAACCGGCCAGUUGGUCCCUGUGGACCGGUUGGACCAACCGGCCUGUUGGUCCUGUGGACCGGUUUGGACCAACCGGCCAGUUGGUCAUGUGGACCGGUUGGACCAACCGGCCAGUUGGUCCUGUGGACCGGUUGGACCAACCGGCCAGUUGGUCCUGUGGACCGGUUGGACCAACCGGCCAGUUGUCCUGUGGACCGGUUGGACCAACCGGCCAGUUGGUCCUGUGGACCGGUUUGGACCAACCGGCCAGUUGGUCCUGUGGACCGGUUGGACCAACCGGCCAGUUGGUCCUGUGGACCGGUUGGACCAACCGGCCAGUUGGUCCUGUGGACCGGUUGGACCAACCGGCCAGUUGGUCCUGUGGACCGGUUGGACCACCGGCCAGUUGGUCCUGUGGACCGGUUGGACCAACCGGCCAGUUGGUCCUGUGGACCGGUUGGACCAACCGGCCGUUGGUCCUGUGACCGGUUGGACCAACCGGCCAUGUUGGUCCUGUGGACCGGUUGGACCAACCGGCCAGUUGGUCCUGUGGACCGGUUGGACCAAACCGGCCAUGUUGGUCCUGUGGACCGGUUGGACCAACCGGGCCAGUUGGUCAUGUGGACCGGUUGGACCAACCGGCCUGUUGGUCCUGUGGACCGGUUGGACCAACCGGCCAGUUUGGUCCUGUGGACCGGUUGGACCAACCGGCCAGUUGGUCCUGUGGACCGGUUGGAACCAAACCGGCCUAGUUGGUCCUGUGGACCGGUUGGACCAACCGGCCUAGUUGGUCCUGUGGACCGGUUGGACCAACCGGCCAUGUUGGUUCCUGUGGACCGGUUGGACCAACCGGCCAGUUGGUCCUGUGGACCGGUUGGACCAACCGGCCUGUUGGUCCUGUGGACCGGUUGGACCAACCGGCCAGUUGGUCCUGUGGACCGGUUGGACCAACCGGCCAGUUGGUCCUGUGGACCGGUUGGACCAACCGGCCAGUUGGUCCUGUGGACCGGUUGGACCAACCGGCCUGUUGGUCCUGUGGACCGGUUGGACCAACCGGCCAGUUGGUCCUGUGGACCGGUUGGACCAACCGGCCAGUUGGUCCUGUGGACCGGUUGGACCAACCGGCCAGUUGGUCCUGUGGACCGGUUGGACCAACCGGCCUGUUGGUCCUGUGGACCGGUUGGACCAACCGGCCUGUUGGUCCUGUGGACCGGUUGGACCAACCGGCCAGUUGGUCCUGUGGACCGGUUGGACCAACCGGCCAGUUGGUCCUGUGGACCGGUUGGACCAACCGGCCUGUUGGUCCUGUGGACCGGUUGGACCAACCGGCCUGUUGGUCCUGUGGACCGGUUGGACCAACCGGCCUGUUGGUCCUGUGGACCGGUUGGACCAACCGGCCAGUUGGUCCUGUGGACCGGUUGGACCAACCGGCCUGUUGGUCCUGUGGACCGGUUGGACCAACCGGCCAGUUGGUCCUGUGGACCGGUUGGACCAACCGGCCUGUUGGUCCUGUGGACCGGUUGGACCAACCGGCCUGUUGGUCCUGUGGACCGGUUGGACCAACCGGCCAGUUGGUCCUGUGGACCGGUUGGACCAACCGGCCUGUUGGUCCUGUGGACCGGUUGGACCAACCGGCCAGUUGGUCCUGUGGACCGGUUGGACCAACCGGCCAGUUGGUCCUGUGGACCGGUUGGACCAACCGGCCUGUUGGUCCUGUGGACCGGUUGGACCAACCGGCCAGUUGGUCCUGUGGACCGGUUGGACCAACCGGCCUGUUGGUCCUGUGGACCGGUUGGACCAACCGGCCAGUUGGUCCUGUGGACCGGUUGGACCAACCGGCCUGUUGGUCCUGUGGACCGGUUGGACCAACCGGCCAGUUGGUCCUGUGGACCGGUUGGACCAACCGGCCAGUUGGUCCUGUGGACCGGUUGGACCAACCGGCCAGUUGGUCCUGUGGACCGGUUGGACCAACCGGCCAGUUGGUCCUGUGGACCGGUUGGACCAACCGGCCAGUUGGUCCUGUGGACCGGUUGGACCAACCGGCCUGUUGGUCCUGUGGACCGGUUGGACCAACCGGCCAGUUGGUCCUGUGGACCGGUUGGACCAACCGGCCUGUUGGUCCUGUGGACCGGUUGGACCAACCGGCCAGUUGGUCCUGUGGACCGGUUGGACCAACCGGCCAGUUGGUCCUGUGGACCGGUUGGACCAACCGGCCUGUUGGUCCUGUGGACCGGUUGGACCAACCGGCCAGUUGGUCCUGUGGACCGGUUGGACCAACCGGCCAGUUGGUCCUGUGGACCGGUUGGACCAACCGGCCAGUUGGUCCUGUGGACCGGUUGGACCAACCGGCCUGUUGGUCCUGUGGACCGGUUGGACCAACCGGCCAGUUGGUCCUGUGGACCGGUUGGACCAACCGGCCUGUUGGUCCUGUGGACCGGUUGGACCAACCGGCCUGUUGGUCCUGUGGACCGGUUGGACCAACCGGCCAGUUGGUCCUGUGGACCGGUUGGACCAACCGGCCUGUUGGUCCUGUGGACCGGUUGGACCAACCGGCCUGUUGGUCCUGUGGACCGGUUGGACCAACCGGCCAGUUGGUCCUGUGGACCGGUUGGACCAACCGGCCAGUUGGUCCUGUGGACCGGUUGGACCAACCGGCCAGUUGGUCCUGUGGACCGGUUGGACCAACCGGCCAGUUGGUCCUGUGGACCGGUUGGACCAACCGGCCAGUUGGUCCUGUGGACCGGUUGGACCAACCGGCCAGUUGGUCCUGUGGACCGGUUGGACCAACCGGCCAGUUGGUCCUGUGGACCGGUUGGACCAACCGGCCAGUUGGUCCUGUGGACCGGUUGGACCAACCGGCCAGUUGGUCCUGUGGACCGGUUGGACCAACCGGCCUGUUGGUCCUGUGGACCGGUUGGACCAACCGGCCUGUUGGUCCUGUGGACCGGUUGGACCAACCGGCCUGUUGGUCCUGUGGACCGGUUGGACCAACCGGCCAGUUGGUCCUGUGGACCGGUUGGACCAACCGGCCUGUUGGUCCUGUGGACCGGUUGGACCAACCGGCCAGUUGGUCCUGUGGACCGGUUGGACCAACCGGCCAGUUGGUCCUGUGGACCGGUUGGACCAACCGGCCAGUUGGUCCUGUGGACCGGUUGGACCAACCGGCCUGUUGGUCCUGUGGACCGGUUGGACCAACCGGCCAGUUGGUCCUGUGGACCGGUUGGACCAACCGGCCAGUUGGUCCUGUGGACCGGUUGGACCAACCGGCCAGUUGGUCCUGUGGACCGGUUGGACCAACCGGCCAGUUGGUCCUGUGGACCGGUUGGACCAACCGGCCUGUUGGUCCUGUGGACCGGUUGGACCAACCGGCCUGUUGGUCCUGUGGACCGGUUGGACCAACCGGCCUGUUGGUCCUGUGGACCGGUUGGACCAACCGGCCAGUUGGUCCUGUGGACCGGUUGGACCAACCGGCCAGUUGGUCCUGUGGACCGGUUGGACCAACCGGCCAGUUGGUCCUGUGGACCGGUUGGACCAACCGGCCUGUUGGUCCUGUGGACCGGUUGGACCAACCGGCCAGUUGGUCCUGUGGACCGGUUGGACCAACCGGCCUGUUGGUCCUGUGGACCGGUUGGACCAACCGGCCAGUUGGUCCUGUGGACCGGUUGGACCAACCGGCCAGUUGGUCCUGUGGACCGGUUGGACCAACCGGCCAGUUGGUCCUGUGGACCGGUUGGACCAACCGGCCAGUUGGUCCUGUGGACCGGUUGGACCAACCGGCCAGUUGGUCCUGUGGACCGGUUGGACCAACCGGCCAGUUGGUCCUGUGGACCGGUUGGACCAACCGGCCAGUUGGUCCUGUGGACCGGUUGGACCAACCCGCCUGUUGGUCCUGUGGACCGGUUGGACCAACCGGCCAGUUGGUCCUGUGGACCGGUUGGACCAACCGGCCAGUUGGUCAUGUGGACCGGUUGGACCAACCGGCCUAGUUGGUCCUGUGGACCGGUUGGACCAACCGGCCCUGUUGGUCCUGUGGACCGGUUGGGACCAACCGGCCUGUUGGUCCUGUGGACCGGUUGGACCAACCGGCCUGUUGGUCCUGGUGGACCGGUUGGACCAACCGGCCUGUUGGUCCUGUGGACCGGUUGGACCAACCGGCCAGUUGGUCCUGUGGACCGGUUGGACCAACCGGCCAGUUGGUCCUGUGGACCGGUUGGACCAACCGGCCAGUUGGUCCUGUGGACCGGUUGGACCAACCGGCCUGUUGGUCCUGUGGACCGGUUGGACCAACCGGCCAGUUGGUCCUGUGGACCGGUUGGACCAACCGGCCUGUUGGUCCUGUGGACCGGUUGGACCAACCGGCCAGUUGGUCCUGUGGACCGGUUGGACCAACCGGCCUGUUGGUCCUGUGGACCGGUUGGACCAACCGGCCUGUUGGUCCUGUGGACCGGUUGGACCAACCGGCCAGUUGGUCCUGUGGACCGGUUGGACCAACCGGCCAGUUGGUCCUGUGGACCGGUUGGACCAACCGGCCAGUUGGUCCUGUGGACCGGUUGGACCAACCGGCCAGUUGGUCCUGUGGACCGGUUGGACCAACCGGCCAGUUGGUCCUGUGGACCGGUUGGACCAACCGGCCUGUUGGUCCUGUGGACCGGUUGGACCAACCGGCCAGUUGGUCCUGUGGACCGGUUGGACCAACCGGCCAGUUGGUCCUGUGGACCGGUUGGACCAACCGGCCAGUUGGUCCUGUGGACCGGUUGGACCAACCGGCCAGUUGGUCCUGUGGACCGGUUGGACCAACCGGCCAGUUGGUCCUGUGGACCGGUUGGACCAACCGGCCAGUUGGUCCUGUGGACCGGUUGGACCAACCGGCCUGUUGGUCCUGUGGACCGGUUGGACCAACCGGCCAGUUGGUCCUGUGGACCGGUUGGACCAACCGGCCAGUUGGUCCUGUGGACCGGUUGGACCAACCGGCCUGUUGGUCCUGUGGACCGGUUGGACCAACCGGCCAGUUGGUCCUGUGGACCGGUUGGACCAACCGGCCUGUUGGUCCUGUGGACCGGUUGGACCAACCGGCCUGUUGGUCCUGUGGACCGGUUGGACCAACCGGCCAGUUGGUCCUGUGGACCGGUUGGACCAACCGGCCAGUUGGUCCUGUGGACCGGUUGGACCAACCGGCCAGUUGGUCCUGUGGACCGGUUGGACCAACCGGCCAGUUGGUCCUGUGGACCGGUUGGACCAACCGGCCAGUUGGUCCUGUGGACCGGUUGGACCAACCGGCCUGUUGGUCCUGUGGACCGGUUGGACCAACCGGCCAGUUGGUCCUGUGGACCGGUUGGACCAACCGGCCUGUUGGUCCUGUGGACCGGUUGGACCAACCGGCCAGUUGGUCCUGUGGACCGGUUGGACCAACCGGCCAGUUGGUCCUGUGGACCGGUUGGACCAACCGGCCAGUUGGUCCUGUGGACCGGUUGGACCAACCGGCCAGUUGGUCCUGUGGACCGGUUGGACCAACCGGCCAGUUGGUCCUGUGGACCGGUUGGACCAACCGGCCAGUUGGUCCUGUGGACCGGUUGGACCAACCGGCCAGUUGGUCCUGUGGACCGGUUGGACCAACCGGCCAGUUGGUCCUGUGGACCGGUUGGACCAACCGGCCAGUUGGUCCUGUGGACCGGUUGGACCAACCGGCCUGUUGGUCCUGUGGACCGGUUGGACCAACCGGCCAGUUGGUCCUGUGGACCGGUUGGACCAACCGGCCAGUUGGUCCUGUGGACCGGUUGGACCAACCGGCCAGUUGGUCCUGUGGACCGGUUGGACCAACCGGCCAGUUGGUCCUGUGGACCGGUUGGACCAACCGGCCAGUUGGUCCUGUGGACCGGUUGGACCAACCGGCCAGUUGGUCCUGUGGACCGGUUGGACCAACCGGCCAGUUGGUCCUGUGGACCGGUUGGACCAACCGGCCAGUUGGUCCUGUGGACCGGUUGGACCAACCGGCCUGUUGGUCCUGUGGACCGGUUGGACCAACCGGCCUGUUGGUCCUGUGGACCGGUUGGACCAACCGGCCAGUUGGUCCUGUGGACCGGUUGGACCAACCGGCCAGUUGGUCCUGUGGACCGGUUGGACCAACCGGCCAGUUGGUCCUGUGGACCGGUUGGACCAACCGGCCAGUUGGUCCUGUGGACCGGUUGGACCAACCGGCCAGUUGGUCCUGUGGACCGGUUGGACCAACCGGCCAGUUGGUCCUGUGGACCGGUUGGACCAACCGGCCAGUUGGUCCUGUGUCCUGUGGACCGGUUGGACCAACCGGCCAGUUGGUCCUGUGGACCGGUUGGACCAACCGGCCAGUUGGUCCUGUGGACCGGUUGGACCAACCGGCCAGUUGGUCCUGUGGACCGGUUGGACCAACCGGCCAGUUGGUCCUGUGGACCGGUUGGACCAACCGGCCAGUUGGUCCUGUGGACCGGUUGGACCAACCGGCCUGUUGGUCCUGUGGACCGGUUGGACCAACCGGCCAGUUGGUCCUGUGGACCGGUUGGACCAACCGGCCAGUUGGUCCUGUGGACCGGUUGGACCAACCGGCCAGUUGGUCCUGUGGACCGGUUGGACCAACCGGCCUGUUGGUCCUGUGGACCGGUUGGACCAACCGGCCUGUUGGUCCUGUGGACCGGUUGGACCAACCGGCCAGUUGGUCCUGUGGACCGGUUGGACCAACCGGCCAGUUGGUCCUGUGGACCGGUUGGACCAACCGGCCAGUUGGUCCUGUGGACCGGUUGGACCAACCGGCCAGUUGGUCCUGUGGACCGGUUGGACCAACCGGCCAGUUGGUCCUGUGGACCGGUUGGACCAACCGGCCAGUUGGUCCUGUGGACCGGUUGGACCAACCGGCCAGUUGGUCCUGUGGACCGGUUGGACCAACCGGCCUGUUGGUCCUGUGGACCGGUUGGACCAACCGGCCAGUUGGUCCUGUGGACCGGUUGGACCAACCGGCCUGUUGGUCCUGUGGACCGGUUGGACCAACCGGCCAGUUGGUCCUGUGGACCGGUUGGACCAACCGGCCUGUUGGUCCUGUGGACCGGUUGGACCAACCGGCCUGUUGGUCCUGUGGACCGGUUGGACCAACCGGCCAGUUGGUCCUGUGGACCGGUUGGACCAACCGGCCUGUUGGUCCUGUGGACCGGUUGGACCAACCGGCCAGUUGGUCCUGUGGACCGGUUGGACCAACCGGCCUGUUGGUCCUGUGGACCGGUUGGACCAACCGGCCAGUUGGUCCUGUGGACCGGUUGGACCAACCGGCCUGUUGGUCCUGUGGACCGGUUGGACCAACCGGCCUGUUGGUCCUGUGGACCGGUUGGACCAACCGGCCAGUUGGUCCUGUGGACCGGUUGGACCAACCGGCCUGUUGGUCCUGUGGACCGGUUGGACCAACCGGCCUGUUGGUCCUGUGGACCGGUUGGACCAACCGGCCAGUUGGUCCUGUGGACCGGUUGGACCAACCGGCCUGUUGGUCCUGUGGACCGGUUGGACCAACCGGCCUGUUGGUCCUGUGGACCGGUUGGACCAACCGGCCAGUUGGUCCUGUGGACCGGUUGGACCAACCGGCCUGUUGGUCCUGUGGACCGGUUGGACCAACCGGCCUGUUGGUCCUGUGGACCGGUUGGACCAACCGGCCUGUUGGUCCUGUGGACCGGUUGGACCAACCGGCCAGUUGGUCCUGUGGACCGGUUGGACCAACCGGCCAGUUGGUCCUGUGGACCGGUUGGACCAACCGGCCAGUUGGUCCUGUGGACCGGUUGGACCAACCGGCCUGUUGGUCCUGUGGACCGGUUGGACCAACCGGCCAGUUGGUCCUGUGGACCGGUUGGACCAACCGGCCAGUUGGUCCUGUGGACCGGUUGGACCAACCGGCCUGUUGGUCCUGUGGACCGGUUGGACCAACCGGCCAGUUGGUCCUGUGGACCGGUUGGACCAACCGGCCAGUUGGUCCUGUGGACCGGUUGGACCAACCGGCCUGUUGGUCCUGUGGACCGGUUGGACCAACCGGCCAGUUGGUCCUGUGGACCGGUUGGACCAACCGGCCAGUUGGUCCUGUGGACCGGUUGGACCAACCGGCCAGUUGGUCCUGUGGACCGGUUGGACCAACCGGCCUGUUGGUCCUGUGGACCGGUUGGACCAACCGGCCAGUUGGUCCUGUGGACCGGUUGGACCAACCGGCCAGUUGGUCCUGUGGACCGGUUGGACCAACCGGCCUGUUGGUCCUGUGGACCGGUUGGACCAACCGGCCAGUUGGUCCUGUGGACCGGUUGGACCAACCGGCCAGUUGGUCCUGUGGACCGGUUGGACCAACCGGCCAGUUGGUCCUGUGGACCGGUUGGACCAACCGGCCUGUUGGUCCUGUGGACCGGUUGGACCAACCGGCCUGUUGGUCCUGUGGACCGGUUGGACCAACCGGCCAGUUGGUCCUGUGGACCGGUUGGACCAACCGGCCAGUUGGUCCUGUGGACCGGUUGGACCAACCGGCCUGUUGGUCCUGUGGACCGGUUGGACCAACCGGCCAGUUGGUCCUGUGGACCGGUUGGACCAACCGGCCAGUUGGUCCUGUGGACCGGUUGGACCAACCGGCCAGUUGGUCCUGUGGACCGGUUGGACCAACCGGCCAGUUGGUCCUGUGGACCGGUUGGACCAACCGGCCAGUUGGUCCUGUGGACCGGUUGGACCAACCGGCCAGUUGGUCCUGUGGACCGGUUGGACCAACCGGCCUGUUGGUCCUGUGGACCGGUUGGACCAACCGGCCAGUUGGUCCUGUGGACCGGUUGGACCAACCGGCCAGUUGGUCCUGUGGACCGGUUGGACCAACCGGCCAGUUGGUCCUGUGGACCGGUUGGACCAACCGGCCUGUUGGUCCUGUGGACCGGUUGGACCAACCGGCCAGUUGGUCCUGUGGACCGGUUGGACCAACCGGCCAGUUGGUCCUGUGGACCGGUUGGACCAACCGGCCAGUUGGUCCUGUGGACCGGUUGGACCAACCGGCCAGUUGGUCCUGUGGACCGGUUGGACCAACCGGCCAGUUGGUCCUGUGGACCGGUUGGACCAACCGGCCUGUUGGUCCUGUGGACCGGUUGGACCAACCGGCCAGUUGGUCCUGUGGACCGGUUGGACCAACCGGCCAGUUGGUCCUGUGGACCGGUUGGACCAACCGGCCUGUUGGUCCUGUGGACCGGUUGGACCAACCGGCCUGUUGGUCCUGUGGACCGGUUGGACCAACCGGCCAGUUGGUCCUGUGGACCGGUUGGACCAACCGGCCAGUUGGUCCUGUGGACCGGUUGGACCAACCGGCCAGUUGGUCCUGUGGACCGGUUGGACCAACCGGCCAGUUGGUCCUGUGGACCGGUUGGACCAACCGGCCAGUUGGUCCUGUGGACCGGUUGGACCAACCGGCCAGUUGGUCCUGUGGACCGGUUGGACCAACCGGCCAGUUGGUCCUGUGGACCGGUUGGACCAACCGGCCUGUUGGUCCUGUGGACCGGUUGGACCAACCGGCCAGUUGGUCCUGUGGACCGGUUGGACCAACCGGCCAGUUGGUCCUGUGGACCGGUUGGACCAACCGGCCAGUUGGUCCUGUGGACCGGUUGGACCAACCGGCCUGUUGGUCCUGUGGACCGGUUGGACCAACCGGCCUGUUGGUCCUGUGGACCGGUUGGACCAACCGGCCUGUUGGUCCUGUGGACCGGUUGGACCAACCGGCCAGUUGGUCCUGUGGACCGGUUGGACCAACCGGCCUGUUGGUCCUGUGGACCGGUUGGACCAACCGGCCAGUUGGUCCUGUGGACCGGUUGGACCAACCGGCCUGUUGGUCCUGUGGACCGGUUGGACCAACCGGCCAGUUGGUCCUGUGGACCGGUUGGACCAACCGGCCAGUUGGUCCUGUGGACCGGUUGGACCAACCGGCCUGUUGGUCCUGUGGACCGGUUGGACCAACCGGCCAGUUGGUCCUGUGGACCGGUUGGACCAACCGGCCAGUUGGUCCUGUGGACCGGUUGGACCAACCGGCCUGUUGGUCCUGUGGACCGGUUGGACCAACCGGCCAGUUGGUCCUGUGGACCGGUUGGACCAACCGGCCAGUUGGUCCUGUGGACCGGUUGGACCAACCGGCCUGUUGGUCCUGUGGACCGGUUGGACCAACCGGCCAGUUGGUCCUGUGGACCGGUUGGACCAACCGGCCAGUUGGUCCUGUGGACCGGUUGGACCAACCGGCCAGUUGGUCCUGUGGACCGGUUGGACCAACCGGCCAGUUGGUCCUGUGGACCGGUUGGACCAACCGGCCAGUUGGUCCUGUGGACCGGUUGGACCAACCGGCCAGUUGGUCCUGUGGACCGGUUGGACCAACCGGCCUGUUGGUCCUGUGGACCGGUUGGACCAACCGGCCAGUUGGUCCUGUGGACCGGUUGGACCAACCGGCCAGUUGGUCCUGUGGACCGGUUGGACCAACCGGCCAGUUGGUCCUGUGGACCGGUUGGACCAACCGGCCAGUUGGUCCUGUGGACCGGUUGGACCAACCGGCCAGUUGGUCCUGUGGACCGGUUGGACCAACCGGCCAGUUGGUCCUGUGGACCGGUUGGACCAACCGGCCAGUUGGUCCUGUGGACCGGUUGGACCAACCGGCCAGUUGGUCCUGUGGACCGGUUGGACCAACCGGCCAGUUGGUCCUGUGGACCGGUUGGACCAACCGGCCAGUUGGUCCUGUGGACCGGUUGGACCAACCGGCCAGUUGGUCCUGUGGACCGGUUGGACCAACCGGCCUGUUGGUCCUGUGGACCGGUUGGACCAACCGGCCAGUUGGUCCUGUGGACCGGUUGGACCAACCGGCCAGUUGGUCCUGUGGACCGGUUGGACCAACCGGCCAGUUGGUCCUGUGGACCGGUUGGACCAACCGGCCAGUUGGUCCUGUGGACCGGUUGGACCAACCGGCCUGUUGGUCCUGUGGACCGGUUGGACCAACCGGCCAGUUGGUCCUGUGGACCGGUUGGACCAACCGGCCAGUUGGUCCUGUGGACCGGUUGGACCAACCGGCCAGUUGGUCCUGUGGACCGGUUGGACCAACCGGCCUGUUGGUCCUGUGGACCGGUUGGACCAACCGGCCUGUUGGUCCUGUGGACCGGUUGGACCAACCGGCCAGUUGGUCCUGUGGACCGGUUGGACCAACCGGCCUGUUGGUCCUGUGGACCGGUUGGACCAACCGGCCUGUUGGUCCUGUGGACCGGUUGGACCAACCGGCCAGUUGGUCCUGUGGACCGGUUGGACCAACCGGCCAGUUGGUCCUGUGGACCGGUUGGACCAACCGGCCAGUUGGUCCUGUGGACCGGUUGGACCAACCGGCCAGUUGGUCCUGUGGACCGGUUGGACCAACCGGCCAGUUGGUCCUGUGGACCGGUUGGACCAACCGGCCUGUUGGUCCUGUGGACCGGUUGGACCAACCGGCCUGUUGGUCCUGUGGACCGGUUGGACCAACCGGCCAGUUGGUCCUGUGGACCGGUUGGACCAACCGGCCAGUUGGUCCUGUGGACCGGUUGGACCAACCGGCCAGUUGGUCCUGUGGACCGGUUGGACCAACCGGCCAGUUGGUCCUGUGGACCGGUUGGACCAACCGGCCUGUUGGUCCUGUGGACCGGUUGGACCAACCGGCCAGUUGGUCCUGUGGACCGGUUGGACCAACCGGCCAGUUGGUCCUGUGGACCGGUUGGACCAACCGGCCAGUUGGUCCUGUGGACCGGUUGGACCAACCGGCCUGUUGGUCCUGUGGACCGGUUGGACCAACCGGCCAGUUGGUCCUGUGGACCGGUUGGACCAACCGGCCAGUUGGUCCUGUGGACCGGUUGGACCAACCGGCCAGUUGGUCCUGUGGACCGGUUGGACCAACCGGCCAGUUGGUCCUGUGGACCGGUUGGACCAACCGGCCUGUUGGUCCUGUGGACCGGUUGGACCAACCGGCCAGUUGGUCCUGUGGACCGGUUGGACCAACCGGCCAGUUGGUCCUGUGGACCGGUUGGACCAACCGGCCAGUUGGUCCUGUGGACCGGUUGGACCAACCGGCCUGUUGGUCCUGUGGACCGGUUGGACCAACCGGCCAGUUGGUCCUGUGGACCGGUUGGACCAACCGGCCUGUUGGUCCUGUGGACCGGUUGGACCAACCGGCCAGUUGGUCCUGUGGACCGGUUGGACCAACCGGCCAGUUGGUCCUGUGGACCGGUUGGACCAACCGGCCAGUUGGUCCUGUGGACCGGUUGGACCAACCGGCCAGUUGGUCCUGUGGACCGGUUGGACCAACCGGCCUGUUGGUCCUGUGGACCGGUUGGACCAACCGGCCUGUUGGUCCUGUGGACCGGUUGGACCAACCGGCCAGUUGGUCCUGUGGACCGGUUGGACCAACCGGCCUGUUGGUCCUGUGGACCGGUUGGACCAACCGGCCAGUUGGUCCUGUGGACCGGUUGGACCAACCGGCCUGUUGGUCCUGUGGACCGGUUGGACCAACCGGCCAGUUGGUCCUGUGGACCGGUUGGACCAACCGGCCUGUUGGUCCUGUGGACCGGUUGGACCAACCGGCCAGUUGGUCCUGUGGACCGGUUGGACCAACCGGCCAGUUGGUCCUGUGGACCGGUUGGACCAACCGGCCAGUUGGUCCUGUGGACCGGUUGGACCAACCGGCCAGUUGGUCCUGUGGACCGGUUGGACCAACCGGCCUGUUGGUCCUGUGGACCGGUUGGACCAACCGGCCAGUUGGUCCUGUGGACCGGUUGGACCAACCGGCCAGUUGGUCCUGUGGACCGGUUGGACCAACCGGCCAGUUGGUCCUGUGGACCGGUUGGACCAACCGGCCUGUUGGUCCUGUGGACCGGUUGGACCAACCGGCCAGUUGGUCCUGUGGACCGGUUGGACCAACCGGCCAGUUGGUCCUGUGGACCGGUUGGACCAACCGGCCAGUUGGUCCUGUGGACCGGUUGGACCAACCGGCCUGUUGGUCCUGUGGACCGGUUGGACCAACCGGCCAGUUGGUCCUGUGGACCGGUUGGACCAACCGGCCAGUUGGUCCUGUGGACCGGUUGGACCAACCGGCCAGUUGGUCCUGUGGACCGGUUGGACCAACCGGCCUGUUGGUCCUGUGGACCGGUUGGACCAACCGGCCAGUUGGUCCUGUGGACCGGUUGGACCAACCGGCCAGUUGGUCCUGUGGACCGGUUGGACCAACCGGCCAGUUGGUCCUGUGGACCGGUUGGACCAACCGGCCAGUUGGUCCUGUGGACCGGUUGGACCAACCGGCCUGUUGGUCCUGUGGACCGGUUGGACCAACCGGCCUGUUGGUCCUGUGGACCGGUUGGACCAACCGGCCAGUUGGUCCUGUGGACCGGUUGGACCAACCGGCCAGUUGGUCCUGUGGACCGGUUGGACCAACCGGCCAGUUGGUCCUGUGGACCGGUUGGACCAACCGGCCAGUUGGUCCUGUGGACCGGUUGGACCAACCGGCCUGUUGGUCCUGUGGACCGGUUGGACCAACCGGCCUGUUGGUCCUGUGGACCGGUUGGACCAACCGGCCAGUUGGUCCUGUGGACCGGUUGGACCAACCGGCCUGUUGGUCCUGUGGACCGGUUGGACCAACCGGCCUGUUGGUCCUGUGGACCGGUUGGACCAACCGGCCUGUUGGUCCUGUGGACCGGUUGGACCAACCGGCCAGUUGGUCCUGUGGACCGGUUGGACCAACCGGCCAGUUGGUCCUGUGGACCGGUUGGACCAACCGGCCAGUUGGUCCUGUGGACCGGUUGGACCAACCGGCCUGUUGGUCCUGUGGACCGGUUGGACCAACCGGCCAGUUGGUCCUGUGGACCGGUUGGACCAACCGGCCAGUUGGUCCUGUGGACCG